AUGCCUACAUAUAUGUCUAUCAACUUGGCACUGUCCUUCAACGUGAACAUUCAAAAAGACAGAGGACAUCUCCUCCUUUUAGCAAUGUCAGUCUUGCAAGAACACUCGGUUACCAACAAGCAAAGUUGCGCUCAAUUUUUCCACGAUGAGACUCGCUUCUUUCUUACACUGUCUGCAAGGAUAAACUUUGGCGCAGAAAGUAAUGAGUCGGUCAGAUACCCUGAUGAUCCAUUUGAUAGAAUAUGGGAAUCCGAUUCUGCGAGGAGAGCAAAUUACCUUGUUGAUGUUGCUCCAGGGACUGAAAGAAUAUCAACUACAAAACCCAUAUUCGUCGGUACCAACGAAGAACCACCUGAAAAGGUCAUGCAAACAGCAGUAGUUGGCCAGGAUGGGUCCUUGAACUACCGCCUUGAUUUGGAAGGCUUCCCAGGAAAUGCAUGGGGAGUCUCAUAUUUUGCAGAAAUCGAAGAUUUGGCACCUAAUGAAACUAGAAAAUUUAAGUUAGUGAUCCCAGGCAUGCCAGCAUUCAGUAAACCGACCGUUGAUGUGGAGGAGAAUGCUCAGGCGAAAUAUCGUCUGUAUGAACCUGGCUACACGAAUGUGUCACUUCCUUUCGUUUUCUCAUUUGGGUUCAAGAAGACGAAUGAUUCUUCAAAGGGGCCUAUUUUGAAUGCCAUGGAGAUUUACAAAUAUGUCCAAAUUACUAUGGGAUCUCAAGAUGCAAAUACCAUGGCUAGCUUGGUAUCACGAUAUUCACAAGCAGGUUGGGCACAAGAGGGUGGUGAUCCGUGCUUACCAGCAUCAUGGUCCUGGGUGCAAUGCAGUUCAGAAGCUGCUCCAAGGAUAUUCUCAAUCACAUUGUCUGGGAAGAACAUUACAGGAAGUAUCCCGGUGGAACUGACAAAGUUAUCAGGGCUGAUUGAGCUAAGGCUCGAUGGUAAUUCAUUUUCUGGCCAAAUUCCUGAUUUCAGAGAAUGCCACAAUUUGCAGUAUAUUCACUUUGAGGACAAUCAAUUAACUGGUGAAUUGCCACCUUCUUUGGGAGACCUACCUAACUUGAAAGAGUUGUAUGUUCAGAACAACAAGCUAUCCGGACAGGUUCCAAGAGCACUUUUCAAGAGAAGCAUCAUUUUCAACUUCUCAGGCAACAGUGGCCUUCACAUCGUAAACAAUGGCAUUAGCCACACUGUAAUAAUUAUUUUAUGUGUGGUGAUUGGGGCCAUUGUGUUAUUGGGUGCUGCUAUUGGAUGUUACUUGUUUACAUGUAGGAGAAAGAAGAAAUCUUCAGAUGACACUGUUGUUAUUACAGCACCAGCAAAAAAACUAGGCUCAUAUUUCAGUGAAGUAGCUACAGAAUCAGCGCACAGAUUUUCUUUAUCUGAAAUUGAAGAUUCUACUGACAAAUUCGAAAGAAGAAUUGGCUCUGGAGGGUUUGGCAUAGUAUACCAUGGAAAGCUGACAGAUGGGAGAGAGAUUGCAGUCAAGCUUCUCACAAAUGACUCCUAUCAGGGCAUCCGAGAAUUCUUGAAUGAGGUAACAUUGCUCUCCAGAAUACAUCAUAGAAACCUGGUGACCUUCCUUGGUUACAGUCAGCAAGAUGGAAAAAACAUACUUGUGUAUGAGUUCAUGCAUAAUGGAACACUAAAAGAACACCUUUGUGGAGCUGCUGAUGAAAAAAUAACUAGCUGGCUUAAGCUUCUUGAGAUUGCAGAAGAUGCUGCAAAAGGCAUAGAGUAUCUCCAUACUGGAUGCUCCCCAACAAUCAUUCAUAGAGACCUCAAGAGCAGUAACAUUCUCCUUGACAAGAACAUGAGAGCAAAAGUUGCAGACUUUGGGCUAUCGAAACCUGCAGCGGACGGUUCUCAUGUAUCAAGUAUAGUUCGAGGGAUAGUUGGGUAUCUGGACCCAGAGUACUAUGUGUCGCAGCAGCUGACAGAGAAGAGCGACAUGUACAGCUUUGGCGUGAUUUUACUUGAGCUCAUCUCAGGGCAGGAGCCAAUCUCGAAUGUCAACUUUGGGGCCAACUGCCGUAACAUUGUUGCGUGGGCUCGAGCGCACAUCGAGAGUGGGAACAUCCACGCCAUGGUUGAUGAAUCUUUGGAAGAUGGCGGCUACGACCUGCAGUCGGUGUGGAAGAUGAUGGCGGAGGUAGCCAUAAUGUGCGUGAAGAGGCCAGGCAUCUCGGAGGUGCUCAAGGAGAUCCAGGGCGCAAUCAGCAUCGAGCGGGGACCCCAGAUGCAACAGCAGCUCAUGUCCAAGUCUUGCCAGCAGAAUGCAUCAUCCUUGGUCAUGCGGCCGGGUCUCAGAUAGCAUGUAUGCCUUGUCUCACUCCCAGAUGAGGAUCUCUUCCCUUGUCUUCCUUGAGUUAUGGAAGGCCGUUUAACUAGCAAGCAAAGGGAAAGUUUUGGCAAAUCAUGUGUGCAAGUUUGAAGCAAAUCCUUGGUGAUUGAUCAUUUGUUACCGAAAUGAAAACAAAAGGCACGAGAUGACCAAGACGUGCUUUCUUUGCAGACAGAACGAUAUCAUUCAUCAAUGGCAGGC